AUGCUCAGUCCCUGCCGGAGCCCGGUGGCGGCGGGAGCGCAACGGCCGGAGGAGGGACGGGAGCAGCAGGAGCCGCCGCCGGCCGGAUGGAGCCGCCGCCGCCCGCCGCCCAAGCCAGAGCCGCCGCCCGCGCCCGCCGGGGAGCCCGGCCCGGGCNCCCGGGCCCAGGCCCGAGGAGAAGGCGGCGCUGGCGUCCUGCCCAGGGAGAGGGCCGAGCGCAGCGGCCGCGCCGCGGGCGCGCGCUCGGUCACGGUGGACAGCUCCAAGGCGCGCACCUCGCUGGAGGCGCUGAAGCUCAGCCUGCGCCAACUGCGCUGGAAGGAGUUUCCGUUUGGCCGCCGUUUGCCCUGCGACAUCUAUUGGCACGCUGUCUCCUUUCACGACAAUGUCAUUUAUUCGGGACAAGUCAACAAAUUUCCAGGCAUGACUGAAAUGGCACGGAAGGUGAACCUGAGUCGCGCCAUGAGAACGAUGCAGGAACUUUUCCCGGAAGAGUAUAAUUUCUAUCCCCGUUCCUGGAUCCUUCCGGAGGAGUUUGCCAUCUUUCUCACCGAGGUAAACCUGAGGAAGGAGAGCCACCCCAGGUGGAAGCCCACCUUCAUCGUGAAGCCUGACGGCGGCUGUCAGGGGGACGGCAUCUACCUCGUGAAGGACCCCACGGAGAUCCGGCUGAUGGGCAACCUGCAGAGCAGGCCGGCCGUGGUCCAGGAGUACAUGUCCAGGCCCUUCCUGAUCGACAGGCUGAAGUUUGACAUUCGCCUCUACGUCCUGCUCAGGUCCCUGGAUCCCCUGGAGGUCUACGUGGCCAAGGAUGGGCUCUGCCGGUUCUGCACGGAGCCCUACCAGGAGCCUUCCCUGAGGAACCUCCACCAGGUCUACAUGCACCUGACCAACUACUCCCUCAACAUCCACAGCGGGAAUUUUGUCCACUCGGACAGCGGCAACACCGGCAGCAAACGGACGUUUUCCAGUAUCCUGGGCAAGCUGUCUUCCAGCGGCGUCAACAUCCGGAAGGUUUGGUCCGACAUCAUUUCGUUGGUCAUCAAGACCGUGAUCGCCAUCGUGCCCGAGCUGAAGGUCUUUUACCAGUCUGACAUCCCGGCGGGCAAACCGGGACCCUCUUGCUUUCAAAUUUUAGGGUUUGACAUCCUACUGAUGAAGAACCUGAAGCCUGUCUUGCUGGAAGUCAAUGCCAACCCAAGUAUGAAGAUUGAGCAUGAACAUGAGGUUUCUCCAGGAGUUAUGGAAUACAUCCCCAGUCCGGUUGAUGAAGAAAUCAAGGUGGCCAUUAUCCGGGACACCCUCCGGUUGGUGGAUCCUCACAAGAAGCAGCAGCAGCAGCCGGGGGAGCAGGCUUCGUAAGUGGGGUCUGAUUUCCAGCUGGCCUUCAGCACUUCAGAACAGGCCAUGUCGCCCGAGCUGGAGGAGAGCCCCCCGCCGGAAGCCGAGCCCCCCGCCCUCUGCCUAAAGGAGGUCUUCCCCAAGUACGCCAAGCAGUUCAGCUACCUGCGUCUGGUGGAGCGGAUUGCCGCCCUCUUCAUCCGCUUCCUGGGGGUGAAGGGGACCACCAAGCUGGGGCCCACCGGCUUCCGGAUGUUUAUAAGGAACAGCAAGAUCAGCAACAGCGGCUUCAGCAUGGCUGCGGGGGACAUUCUCUACAUUGACAUCACCCGGCGGGGGAUCGGGCCCAGCACGGACCAGCGCGAGGCUGGAAUGAGCCUCCCAGCCUUCGUGGAAGCGGUUUGCUUCCUGGCCCAGAGGAGAUACAAGUCCCUGUCGCUUCACGAGCAGGUGGAGCUUCUCCUCGACUUCUGCGAAUACAACCUGGCUGUGCUGGACGAGAAGCGCCUGGCCUGCAGCCGAAGCCUCUCCGGCCCCCAGGCCACCCUGGUCACCUGCCCCCAAGACCGCCUGCAGCUCAGCCCCACCACGCCCGGCUCGGCUGCCUUCCAGAGAAGCCAGAGGUUUGUCGACUGCAGGAGCUGCCAGCCCUGA